CUCUCGGUUGCGUGAAGUGCUACCGCCUUGCCACUGCUGUUUCCGCUAUCGUGAAUAUAAAGGAGGGAAGGGGCGGGUCUGGCUGCGCGAUUGUUUUCAAUCACUCUCGUUCGUUGGUCUCGUGGCUGAUCGUGCGAUCCCAAGGUGAGAAAAGAGAGAGAGCGAGAGAGAGAGAGAGAGAGAGAGAGAGAGGCGGUUCGUGGAGUUAGAGGGUUUUCUUCUAGGUUUUUGGAAUGUUCUUUCAACGGAGGUGAGAUAAGCUAUUUAGUCAGAUUGAACAAAGAGAACAAAGAGGUGAUUUUUUUCUCUUGGUGUAUUGGUGCUAGUGGACCUGUCUGCAAUGGGUAGGAAAAAGCCAACUGCUGGAGCUGAUGAAGAGGAGCCUCCAGUUAGGGUUGCCCCUGUUGGAAAGAAAAACAGGAAAAAGGACCGUGUGAUUGAUGAUGAUGAAUAUUCAGUCGCAACUGAACUUACAGAUGAUCAAGAGCAAGCAUCGAUGGCUGAAAAAUCUGUGAAUGAAAAGCAUCAAGUUGGUCAGAAGAUUAAUGAAUUCUCAGGCUCUGCUGAUGAUCUGGCCCUCUCUAAUAGGAAUCAGAAAGAUAAGAAAGGCAAAAAGUUACCUAUAGAGAAUAACGAAGAAAAAGAAAGUGGGAAGAAGAAAGGAAAGAAGGGAAAAAAAGAUUUUAAGGUCGAUGAUGACGAAUUUGAGAUUGGUGAUUCUGUUAAAAGUGUGUCAAUUCAAGGAGAAGAAACAGAGACUGAGAUUAAGAAAGGAAAGAAGGGAAAAAAGGACUCUAAGGUUGAUGACCAUAAAUUUGAUAUUGAUGAUUCUGUCAAUAGUGUGCUAGUACAAGAAGAAGAGGCUGAGACUGGGAAGAAGAAAGGAAAAAAGGAUUAUAAGGCUGAUGAUAAUGAAUUUGAUAUUGGUGAUUCCAUUAAAAGUGAGUCAAUGCAAGGAGAAGAAGAAAACUUUGACGUUUCAUUUGCAGGAAAAAAGAAAAAAAAGUCAAAGGAGAAGGCAUCAAAACUGGAUGUAUUUUCAUUGCUGGCUUCAUAUGAAGGCGAGGAUGCAGGUCUGCAGGAACCAUCACUAGAAGAAAAGAGAGUGGAGGUUGAUGAUGAGUCAGAUGGUAUUGUUUUUACAGGAAAGAAAAAGAAGAAAGGAUCUAAAGCUAAAGCUACUGAGGCUCUAGAGGUAACUGCAACAAGCACAACUUCUGAUAUUGAGUUUUCAAGUAGAGUUUUGGAUGAAACCACAGCUUCAUCAAAGUCAACAAUUUCUGAAUCAAGUGAAAAGCUUAAUGCAUCUACAGUUGAAGAAAAAUCUAUGGAAGAAGAAGAUGAUGAACCUACAAUCAUUUUCUCUGGAAAGAAGAAGUCUAAGUCCAAGAAAGGUAGCAUGUUCUCUUCCACUGGUUUUGGUACAAUUCCUGUAGAGGAGGAAGCUUCAGCGGCUGCUCAAGUUCCUGCAAUUGAUAAUAAGGGAGAAGUCGAGUUUGGUAGCACAGCUGAGACACAGGGGAGCAAUGAUCAACCUGACUCCGGACUUACAUCUAAAAAGCAAAAGAAGAAGAAGAAGAGUGGAAGAACGGCCCAAGAGGAGGAAGAUCUUGAGAAAAUUCUUGCUGAACUUGGAGAGGUACCACCAUCUACGAAGCCUGCCCCAGCAGUCACGGAAGAUGAAUGCCUUACUCAUGGCGCAGCUCCUUUAACAACUGGUUCAGGGGAGGUUGAAGCUAGCACUGGGCCUACAGUGACCAUUGAUGCUGAAGAGCCUGAAGAGUCUGCAGCUGCAAAAAAGAAAAAAAAGAAGAAAGAGAAGGAAAAGGAGAAAAAAGCAGCAGCAGCAGCUUCUGCAGCUGGGGCAGACGAACAAAAAGCCAAAAUAGUAAAGGAAGAGGCGCAGGAUAUGAAGAGCAAAGUCUCAGAUAAGAAGGUCCCCAAACAUGUCAGAGAAAUGCAGGAAAGGCUAGCAAGACUAAAAGAAGCUGAAGAGAAAAAGAAGCGGGAGGAAGAGGAAAGGUUGAGAAAAGAAGAAGAGGAAAGGCUUCGCCUUAAGGAGUUGGAAAGGCAAAAGGAGGAGGCUAAGCGUCUGAAGAAAGAGAGAGAAAAGGAAAAACUCCAGAAGAAAAAGCAGGAAGGUAAGCUCUUGACUGGAAAGCAAAAGGAAGAAGCACGUCGGCUGGCAUUAAUGAGAGAGCAGUUUCUAUCUCAAAGUGGGCUUCCCACAGAGAAUACUGGAGUCACAAAAAAACCAAGGUAUGAGAAGAAGAAAAAACCUGUCUUUGCUCAAGUGAAUGUCAGUCUGUCUGAAAAGGUUGUAGAAGUAGAGGAAGCUGUUGACGAUCAGCAUAUUAAACCGGAGCAACUGGAUGCUGAUAAAAUUGAAAAUGAACCACCCGAAGGGGAAAAUGUUGAUGAGUUAGACAAUGAGCCUGAGGAAGAAAAUGAUGCUGAGGAGGAUGAAGAUGAAUGGGAUGCAAAAUGUUGGGAUAAAGAUGUUGUUCUACCUGGUAAAAGUGCAUUUUCGGAGGAGGAGUCUGAUCCCAUGGUCAAGAAAGGCACAAAGCGUGUGAUGGGCCCAUCGGAUUCAACAUCUUCCAAGGUCAUGAUAGCGCAUCCUUCUAGUACAAAAGAUGGUGUAUCAUCUGCAGCUACAUCAAAGGUGAAUGUAGGUAUUGAAAGAGGAGUUGAAAACCAUGGUGAAGCUGUAGAAACCAAUAAAAGAAAAGACACAGCAAAAACAAGAGAGAAUCGGAAAGAAGAGGCGCUUGCCAAGAAGAGUUCUAGUGAUCUACGUUCUCCAAUCUGUUGCAUCCUUGGUCAUGUUGAUACUGGUAAGACUAAGCUCCUUGAUUGCAUCCGCCGAACAAAUGUUCAGGAGGGUGAGGCUGGAGGCAUCACACAGCAGAUUGGUGCAACAUAUUUUCCAAUGGAGAACAUAAGGGAGAGAACAAAAGAGUUAAAAGCUACUGCAGAAUUGAGGGUACCUGGCCUAUUGGUAAUUGACACCCCAGGACAUGAGUCCUUCACGAAUUUGAGGUCACGUGGUUCAAGUUUAUGUGACAUUGCAAUUCUGGUUAUUGACAUCAUGCAUGGCUUGGAACCACAAACAAUUGAAUCUCUCAAUCUCUUAAAAUUUCGUAAGACACCUUUUGUUGUUGCUUUGAAUAAGGUGGACAGAUUAUAUGGGUGGAAAAGCAUCCCGAAUGGGCCAAUUCAGAAGGCCUUGAAACAGCAGUCCAAAGAUGUGAAUGUAGAAUUUGAGACGAGGCUUUCUCAGAUUGUCACGCAACUGAAGGAGCAAGGUUUGAACUCUGAGUUGUACUACAAAAAUAAAGAAGUGGCAAAAUAUGUCAGCAUAGUGCCCACGAGUGCAAUUAGCGGUGAAGGCAUUCCAGAUCUUCUUAUGUUGUUGGUUCAGUUGACACAGAAGAGAAUGGAAGAAAGGCUCAUGUUCAUCAGUGAGAUUGAGUGCACAGUCCUGGAGGUUAAGGUUAUUGAAGGGUUGGGGACGACAAUUGAUGUUGUCUUGGUCAAUGGUGUGCUUCAUGAGGGAGAUCAGAUUGUUGUCUGUGGUAUGCAGGGUCCUAUUGUUACAAACAUCCGAGCUUUGCUGACACCUCAUCCAAUGAAGGAGCUAAGAGUUAAGGGAACAUAUCAACACCAUAAAGAGCUCAAAGCUGCACAGGGCAUCAAGAUUACUGCACAGGGCCUUGAACAUGCGAUUGCAGGUACCCAGUUAUAUGUUGUAGGGCCUGAUGAUGAUUUGGAAGAAAUAAAAGAGGAAGCAAUGUCAGAUAUGGAGACUAUCAUGAAAAGGAUUGACAAAAGCGGUGAAGGUGUGUGUGUGCAAGCAUCUACUCUUGGCUCACUUGAAGCUCUGUUGGAGUUUCUAAAGAGUGUUAAGAUACCAGUUAGUGGUGUAAAUAUUGGUCCGGUACACAAAAAGGAUGUUAUGAGAGCCAGUGUUAUGCUUGAAAGGAAAAAGAAGGAGUAUGCAAUUAUCUUGGCAUUUGAUGUGAAAGUAACACCAGAGGCAAAGGAGCUAGCAGAUGAGGCUGGUGUGAAGAUAUUUAUGGCAGAUAUUAUCUAUCACCUGUUUGACCAGUUCACAGCAUAUAUCAAUAAUCUUAAAGAAGAGAGGAAGAAAGAGGCAGCUGAUGAGGCAGUUUUUCCUUGUGUUCUUAAGAUUGUUCCCAAUUGUGUCUUUAACUCGAAGGAUCCAAUUGUGCUGGGAGUUGAUAUUCUUGAAGGAAUUCUGAAGGUUGGGACUCCAAUUUGUAUACCUUCGAGAGACUUUAUUACUAUUGGAAGAAUUGCGUCUAUUGAGGACAAUCACAAGGAUGUUGAAACUGCCAAGAAAGGCCAGAAGGUGGCUGUGAAGAUUGUUGGUAGUAAUCCAGAAGAAUCACAGAAGAUGUUUGGUAGGCAUUUUUCAAUCGAGGAUGAACUUGUUAGUCAGAUCUCAAGGAGGUCCAUUGAUGUGCUGAAAGAGAACUAUAGGGAAGAUUUGACUAACGAUGAAUGGAGGCUGGUGGUAAGAUUGAAAACUCUCUUCAAAAUACAAUGAUAUGUAAAUGAUGAAAUCAGUCCUACUGGAAAUAGUGAAAGCUGUGCAUGCACCAAUCACGUCAAGCCUAAUUUCAGGAUGCACCUGUUGAGAAAUGCAGGAACCAGAAGAUUCUCCUGUUCCGGGAGUUUUGCCCAUUUGAUUUCUUUUCUUCUCUUCCUUCCACAUAAUGCCCCCCCUUUCUUGAGGGUGCCGUCUCUGUCUUUGGUUUUUCUUUGGGAGCCACCUUGAGUAUUGUAACGUUCCAUUUUUGAGUUCCAUUUUUUGUGUAUGGGAAAAUAAACUUACAGUUUCAAAAAUAGUCUCGUUUUGUUCGGUGAUGAAGCAAUUUUGUAUUUCUUGACAUGGUUUGUAAAAGUUAGUUUUGUAUCA